AUGGAAGACUUCUACGUUAACGAAACUUCACAAGACAUGAGCAAUGGUUACAACAGCACCUUCAACUAUUAUGACACAGAUGAUGAAAAAGCAGAAUUGAUCACACAAGUGGUGACAUGGAUAAUCAUCUGUAUUGGACUUCCUUUGACCCUCGUGGCCAUCUAUGCUCUUUAUUCUCUGGUGGGAAAGGAUCAUGUCGCUCCGAUCUACGUCAUCAACCUUCUCAUUUCCGACAUCAUUGAGUUCUGCUGCAUGAUCGGUUUUGUCGUAUCACAAAAGAACAAGAACAAAGAAACAAUUCUCAAAAUGAUUUACUACUCUGGUCUGAUGGCCAGUGUUUGCUUCAUGGUGUGCAUCGCCCUGGAAAGGUAUUUGGUCAUCGCCUGCCCACUGUGGUACCGCUUCAGACGAACAAUCAAGAUCUCCGUGGUGGUCUGUGUCCUGGUCUGGAUCCUUUCUAUCGUCUAUCUCAUCGCUCUGGUUUUCUGUGGUUUUUCAGAGUUCACAGGGACCAUCUUAGCCGUAUUUUUCCUCCUUCCCCUCCCACUGCUCAUAUUCUUCCUGGUUGGGACCCUUAAAGCCCUGUCUGCUUCCAUCUCAGUUCCAGCUGACGAAAAACGACGAAUUGUGGGAAUGUUGGUCCUGGUGCUGCUUAUUUACAUGCUGUUGUUCCUGCCUAGAAUCAUAUUGUUUCUAAAAGAGGGAAAGAGAUAUGACAUUAUCCUCACUGACCUGUCGUCUGUGUUUGUAAGGGUAUUUCCUCUUGCAGACUUAGUUCUGUAUGUUUUCAUGAGGAAAGGGGCCAUAGACAAGCUUUUGGCCUCUGUGUGUUGUUGCAGAAUGGACAGCAAUGAUGCCAGCAGUUCAAAAGUAUGA